UCUCUGCAUUAGUGAGACAGUUAUAACCAGCCUCAACUGAACUCCCAGGACAGCUGGUGCCUGCAUGAGGCAUAGACAAGGCAGCCAUGACAGUCUCCUACACCUUGAAAGUGGCCAAUGCUCGCUUUGGGGGCUUCUCCAAGCUACUUUUUCGUUGGAAAGGGAGCAUCUACAAGCUGCUCUACAAGGAGUUCAUUGUCUUCGUCUUGCUUUACGGAACACUAAGUGUCAUCUACCGGCACCUUCUGAAUGUGGAUCAGAAACGUCUCUUUGCAAAGGUGGCUGAAUACUGCAACCGCUCAACUGACCUCAUCCCUCUGUCCUUUGUCCUAGGUUUCUAUGUCACACUGAUUGUGAACCGCUGGUGGGCGCAGUAUACCAGCAUUCCUCUGCCAGACCAGCUCAUGUGCGUCAUUUCCAGCAAUGUGCAUGGGAAGGAUGACAAGGGCCGCAUCUUGCGCCGCACUCUCAUCCGUUACGCCAACCUCUCCUCUGUGCUCAUCCUGCGCUCGGUCAGCGCUAGAGUCCUUAAAAGAUUCCCCACUAUGGACCACUUAGUUGAAGCUGGUUUCAUGACACAAGAUGAGCGCAAGAAGUAUGAGAGUCACCACUCAGACUUCAACAAGUAUUGGAUCCCUUGUGUGUGGUUCACUAAUCUAGCAGCCCAAGCCAGGCGGGAAGGAAGGAUCCGGGAUGACGUGGCGCUCAGAUUGCUCAUAGAUGAACUGAACCUCUACCGCUCCAAAUGCAGCAUGCUUUUCCACUAUGACUGGAUAAGCAUCCCCUUGGUGUACACACAGGUGGUCACCAUCGCUGUCUAUUCCUUCUUUGCUUUGUGUGUGAUUGGGCGUCAGUUCCUACAACCUGUGGACCCAAGUCAAAACAAAACAAUGACAAAAAAAGAUGAGGACCUAGAUCUGUAUGUUCCCUUACCCACUCUUCUACAGUUCUUCUUCUAUGCUGGUUGGCUGAAGGUGGCAGAGCAGAUAAUUAAUCCCUUCGGAGAGGAUGACGAUGACUUUGAAACUAACAAAUUGAUAGACAGGAACCUUCAAGUGUCUUUGCUUUCAGUGGAUGACAUGUAUCAGAACUUACCACCAACUGUAAAAGACAAAUACUGGAAUGAAUCUACAGCUCAGCCCCCGUACACAAUGGCCACAGUGGCAGAGACCUUGAAACCUUCCUUCAUGGGUUCUACCUUUGACAUGCGGAUGAGCGAUGACCCAGAGCAGAGCCAGCAGGUGGAAGCAUCACCCAGCAUGAGCCGCAUUCAGACUCCCCUGCUCAACCGCUUCCUCACUGCAGCUGCCUCUCCUGCAGUCAGCCUCAAAAAUUUUGGCAAGGGCAGUUGGAUUCAGCAUCCCCAGCUACUGCGCCUAAGGACUGAGGGCACCUUCCCCUCUUCCAGCCCCAGCUUCUAUCGCAGGGAAGAUCCUGAAGCAGUUGGUCGCAUCGAUGAAGAAGACAUGGAGGAUGGAGAGACCAGGCUUAGUGAAACCUCCUCCCCUAGCUCCCACCUCAAAGUCCCCCAUAAGAACACAAACGCUGAGAAUUUGAGAAAAGAGCUGCCCAGCAUUACCGUGGUGGAGCUCCCAGAUGAGAUCAGUAUCAGUGACCAACCAUCUAACUAAGGCCCAAUCCUUUUAAGGCAGAAUUUAGGACUAAUGUCCCACUCAAGCCACAUGGGUCCAGUACAUACAAGAGAAACUUGCCCUAUCUAAACACGCAUACAUUAAGGGAUAAAAACACUAAUGCCAAAGAUUUGCAGCUGCCCAUUUUCAUAUUGAAAGUCACACACUCGGGAAAUAUCUCCAAGACAACCGCCUAUGGGUAGGAACAAUCUAUGGAUUUGAAAUAUUUGUUUAGCCCAACACAUGCUGCGAAGCAAUGUUUCCACACUGAAAUUACCUUGUGGGCCCUUGUGGGAAGAAAGUAGACAUAUGCACACACAUACAAACAUCAUCCUUUUAUCUAGCAGGGUUGUCCUUGAACCAGGUAAAAAAAAGCUUGAAUAAACAGGUACUUGCAGUGAUGCAGCUUUUUGGAAUCAGCACUCAGUUGAAGAUUUUAGUUUAUUUUAUAUUUAUCGAACAAAUCUAAGAAAUGUUAAUUUUACAUGCUGUAUAAAUAGCUGGAAGGUUUUUUCAAUAGAGAAAUGUGUGUGGUUAAGCUGAAAUAUUGGAGGAAAUUCUAGGGAAGCACAAUGAAACAAAUUUAAAGCUUACUUUCAAAAUGUUUAUUGUAAGGCUGCAAUCCUAUACUUAUUUACCUGAGUUAAUGAACUCAAAAUAAUUUACUUCUGAGUAAGCAUGUACAGGAUUACUCUCCCCCUCAUAUUAGUAUAAAUAUGCAUAGUUAUUGGUAAAUAGGUCAAUGGGGCUUACUUCUUAGUAAGCAUAUUUGAAAGUGCAGCCUGAGAAAGGGCUAUGAAUGAAAGCAUUGAAAUCUGACCAUGAGCAUUCCUAGAGCUAUACACACAAAAUAACUUUCUUAGGAUAAUCUCCUGAAUAAAAGUUAACUCCAACUUUGAUUUUAGACUAUUACUGUAAAAUUUUAGUAGUGGGAUGAGCACUGUAUCUAGCUGCAUAUGCUUUCUGUAAAGUUAUGUGGAAGUCUGGAGAUUUGCUAUCUGUCCAAACCCAUAUAAGCAAGCCAUUUAUUUGUCAGGUAUGUUCUUAAGAGAUCCAUGCUCCCAUUCAUAGAACUUGUCCUUACCCUCUCAAACUGAUGAAAAUGUAUCUUGUUAGAAGAUAGUAUUGUUCCCAGCCUUCGAAAGGACCAGACUUUUGGAAAGAGGCCUGGCCCUUCUGCUAGAAGGGAGUUAAUCUUGCACUGGAAUGAGACCAGAAUGUCACGAAGAAGACAAUCUAGACACUUAGCAGUGCACCAGUUGUUUUGUCGCUAAAUGUAGUAAUAAUGUAAAAAAUUCAACUAACAGCUUCCAAUUUUGGCAGUUCAACUGCCAACAACAAACGCAUUAAUAAUUUUCUCAGCUUCCAUUCAUUAAUACCCUGUGCACAUACCUAAUCAUUAGAAAUAUAUGCUAUGCAUUGGAAGAGGAUGAAGACUCUGAAAAUCUUUCGCCAUGGGGCCACCAAAAGCAGGAUAUUUUGAAGUGUACACUACAAAGCUCAUGUUGCAAGGGAACUGGGAGAACAAAUAGAAGACAACACACCUGUGCUGCUGACAUUUAUAGCGCCAUACUGUAUAAUGAGAGUUCAUUAUAACUAAGUAUAGAGCUUCAACCCUAUUCAGGGAAACUUGACAGUUAUUAGCUUUAAGAAUUGGGCAAUUUAGCAAAGAAGUAAAUGCAAAGCAAAACUUUGCUGACAUUGCUGCUGUUAUACUACAGAAUACUCAACAAAUGAAACAGCCAUGGCAGGUUGAUGGUCAUUAAGUCCUUAGUUACUUAUUUACUAUUCUAAACAAAAGUGAACCCACACCCCCUUAAUGCAUGUUGGAGGGAGUAGUAUUAGUAGGCAUGCCUGAUGGCAGAUGGAAACCACCAAUUCUACACCGUGAAGAAUCUCAUUCAGCAAUCCUGCCUGCCAAAAUCACCGCUCCAAGGGUGGCAUUUUAGUAUAGUGGGAAGGAAAAGCCUGACCCUACCAUUAAAACAGCAUGUGCUUUUUAACACGGAUAACGCUUCCAAGUCAAACAACUUUCACUCAUUUUUUAAAAAAACUUCCAUACAAACAUACUUAGUGUGAAUGCACUAGCUCCGAAACAGGAGGUUGCAACUGCUCCCUGGGCUUUAAAUAUCAAUGUAGAACAGCAGCUAAGCAAAUGUCUGGCUUAGUAUUUUGUCCAAACCCAGAAUCCUGGUUAACGUCUCUCCUCCUUAACCACAGGACAAACCUUAGCUACAGAUCAUGGUUAAGGAGAAACCCUAACUAGGACCCCAGGUUCAGAAGACAUAUUAAGACAGACCUUGCAUUAGCUUUCAUCCCAUAUCACUUAAAAAUCCUGG